AUGUCUUUACCUCCGACAUACACUUUAUCUACCGAUUAUUUCAAAGAUGCUUUAGAUUUUUUAAAAAACCACCAGUGGGUGUAUAAUUAUCCGAAUACGCGAAUUCUAAUUCAAGAUAUAUUCGCGCAUAUGCCUCCCGAUUGGUUACGAUAUUUUCAAGAUUUACCCAACAGUGAGUUGAACAAAUUACCAUUGAAUCGAAUGAAGUCACCCCCAUCUAGUCUUAAAGAACUAUUAGAUAAAAUAGAUCGACUAAAACCUGACUUGGAAAAUGAAAUUACGCCAGAAGUAAAUAAAUUCCAAUUUUUACAUAAUAGUUGUUUGAGUGACAAAAAGCGCCACGAAAUUGUUGUUUUGGCACCUGUAAUCAAUAAUAUUUGUAAAGAUAUACGGGCGCAAUUAGUAGUAGACAUUGGUUCAGGUUUGGGUUAUCUAUCGCAUCAUCUGCAUUCUACUUUCAAAUAUAAAGUACUGGGCAUUGAAAGCUCAAAGGAAUACGUGGAAAUAUCUCUAAAGAAUCAAUCAAAGUUUCAUCCUGAUUCUAAAGAUGAAGUUAAGUUCAUAGAUCAUUUUAUAACAACCGAAUCAAAUGAAACUCUACGUUCUAUAAUUGAAAGUAAUUUCGAUUCAUUGGGGCUCCAAUCGACUUGCCUAGCUGGUCUACACGCUUGUGCCGAUUUAAGCGUUACUGUCUUAGAUUUAUUCACGAAAUUAGAUUUUGUAAAAGGCCUAGUUAUCAUGCCUUGUUGUUAUCAUAGACUUAAACUGAAAUCCGAAGAACCCACCGAGGAAUAUUUCCACAAUUUUCCUAUCAGCGACGCUCUUAAAGAUAUUUAUAAACAAUUUACUGCCGCAACUUUUCUUAGAAGACCAUUUCUACGUUUAGCUUGUCAAAACACGAGCGGUAAUUUCGUUGGUAUGUCACAAGAAGAACACGAAAUACACGCGAGAAAUCUAAUGUUUAGAUGUAUACUACAAUUAGUUGCAGAAACAGAAAAUUAUUCGGUAAAACGAACCAAACGCAAAUCAAACAGAUCCGCAGGGGCUUCGAAUGCGAAUUUCGAAAAUUAUUUAACAAAUUUCGAAAAUACUCACGAAUUGAAAGAGAAUUCUGACCAUCAAGUAGCUGAUGAUAAAUUUAAAGAGAAAAUGCGUCGAAUUUGGAAACAAUACGAAGGGAAAUGUCAUUUGAUGAACGCGUUGAUUGGACUUCAAGCUUCUUUACAAAAAAUUUGCGAAAAUUUGAUUUUACUCGAUAGGGUAGAAUAUUUAAAAGAAAAGGGAUUUAACGCAAGGGUGCAAAAAGUUACGAAUGAUUUAUUAUCUCCACGAUGUUACGCUCUAAUUUGCACUAGACGUUAA